AUGUCUGGCAAAAAGGUGCCUGGUGUGCUUCACUUGUAUUCGAAAAGCCGUGUUGCUUUUGAGUUUGAACCAGUUGGCAAGUCCAAAGUGUUGAUAUUUGUUGGUGGCUUGACCGAUGGGCUCUUGACUGUGCCCUAUGUGCAGGGAUUGGCGAAAACAUUGGAGCCAUUGGGAUUUUCAGUGGUGCAAAUUCAGUUCUCGAGUAGUUAUCUUGGAUUUGGGACGGGAUCUUUGAAACGUGAUGACUCGGAGAUCGACCAGUUGGUGGAUUACCUAAGAAGCGAUGGGAGAGAGACGAUUUUGUUGAUGGGCCAUUCGACUGGUUCGCAAAAUACUCUACACUACUUGACGAACCAUCCUGGUAAAAUUGAGGGUGGUGUGUUGCAGGCUGCGGUGUCCGAUAGAGAGUUUAUUUGCAGCCAGUUUCCUGAGACCUCGUUGCAGAAGUUGAACGAGGAGGCAUUGGCGUUGGUGAAGGCUGGCAAGGGCGACGAGCUAGUGUCAGAGGAGCACCGCAAGGUUAUAUUUGGGACACCUAUUACUGCGUACAGAUGGUGUUCGUUGGUUUUGCCUGGCGGGGACGACGACUUCUUUUCGUCGGAUAUUUCCGACGACGUGUUGAAGACGACGUUUGGCGUAGUGCAAGAGCCAUUUCUCGUUGCGUUGUCCGAGAAGGACGAGUUCACGCCCGAGAAUGUCGACCGUGAGAAAUUGUUGGGCAGAUGGGAGGCUGCUUCGGACCCUAAAAGAUGGUCGAAGAACUCCGGGCUUAUCAGAGGUGCAUCGCAUAACGUUGCGCAGGCUGAAUCGCAGAAACACCUCUACAAAAUGGUUGCUGCGUUUAUCCAGGAAUUCUCUUUAUAG